AUGUCUUGGGAUACUAUUAGCACAUUUGAAGUGCCAGAGCACUUUAGCAGGUUUCCUGCAGGUGUCGCCCACAAUGCAGCAGAAGUUGUAUCUGCUCUGCGGAAUGUUAUUGAAGUCUGCACAGAGCCACAGACAAAAGAGCAUCGAAAAGCACUUACGCGCCACUCAAGCCCUGCCAAUGAACCAUUUGCAAUAUGUCACUGCACGGCAAUCCCAGAGAGACUUGUUCUUUUGUCCUCUAUCAUUGAGGUUGCAUGGAUACACGAUGAUAUCACUGAGGAAAUGGAACACGAAGAAGCUUGUUCUAGGCACGAACUUCUCAAAGGAGCGUUACAACUCAACCACAUCAACUCCUUGGGCUGUCCCAGGGAAAGGAGCUUUGCCAAACUGGUGCGAAGCGCAAGUGCACUCGACGCAAAGGAAGCACCACAGCUUAUUGGUGUGUUGAAGAACUAUCUUGACACAUUUGAUAGUUCCAAGCAAGACUUUGCGCACAUGGAUGAAUACAACCCAUACAGGGUGGGCAACUGUGGAUAUUGGAUUUCCUCAUACUUUAUCCGAUGGGGAAUGGGUCUCACUCUUGACGCCGAAGACCUUGAGAAGAUUCGCGACUUUGACUACUCAAUGGGGGUAGUCCUUGGUCUGACAAAUGAUUAUUUCAGCUGGGCAGUUGAGAAGGAUCAGAAGACGGACCGCAUUCGAAAUGCUGUGAGAGUUCUCAUGAAGCAGCAUGGACUCUCUGAGCAGCCGGCCCAGUCCCUUCUACGUGGGAUUAUUAUUGAUGAGGAAGAGAGAGCUUACCAUCUCAAAGGCCAGGUGCUGGCGAGCUCACCUUCCAAUAACAUCAUUGAAUAUAUCAAAGCAAUUGAAUUGUAUGUUGGAGGCAGUUGUUAUUGGCAUGCUACUGCUCCACGAUACAAAGUUUGCUAA